AUGUCUGCAAGCACUGAUCUCGCGGUGCUGGUUAUCUCCAGAUCAGCGAUCUGGGGACUGCACAUACCGGUCAAGAAGAAGAUUACGGCCAGGAGCUUUCUGGCCGCCGGCAGAGUGGAGGUUCUGUUGGGCUGGUUUGGCGAGAUUGGUUAUGGUCGUGAAGGGUCCGCAGACACGUCGAUAGGACUAAUCUGUGCCUCGCUUACGGCAUGCAAUGUCUUCUUCGCUCGACCUGGCAGCAGUUUCUUCUCGCCCAAGGCGCCGAAGAGUAAGAAUUCUGGUGGGAGCACUGGCCUCGAACGAAGAAAUGUGCGGUUGAAAAAGCGUUCUCAGAAUGGGACAAAUGUGCGGAAAAUGAGGAGGAGUUUGCCUAGUUGA